UACGGCUCAUACCCAUGCCAAAACCAAACCCAUAUCCAGAACCAUACCGCCAGACCCGCCGUCCAUCCGCUAUCCAGCAUUAUUUCUCCUACAGAGCCGUCCCGCCUUCCAAUCCAGGUUUACCUGGUGGAGCAUCACAGAACGAGCGAGGUACAUACUACAGGCAGACAGACAGCUGUUGCAGAAGGGGAGAGAAAGACUCGACCUACACAGUAGCAGAAAGAGGGAAUGAGGGCUGAAGAUUGUCAGAACCAAGAACC